UCGGAAUACUGUACUAGUGACACCACGUCUAGCAAGCGGCGGCUGUUACAGGUGCCUCUUCAAAGGGAAGAAAAGGUCACCCUUCAUUUCGUUAUGGUUUUCAUUUUGCCACACUCGCACAGUGUGGCAAAGUGUUCCGGUUGAAUAUGCAGCAAAUUUGACUGCAUUAUUAUGAAUGAAGAUAGUGGCGGUCAUAUGCACCCACGCACCUCCUCUCUUUCAUCCAUUGAAGCCUUGCUCUUGGUGUUUUUACGGUUUUUUACUGGAAUAUUUCGAUUUUUAUACCCUGAAGACUGUUUGCACAAGAUCUAAAUAUGUCGCCUCUACGGUGUAUACUGUUGGUAGGAGAAGGUAACUUCUCUUUCUCGGCUUCACUGUGCCAGUCCUUGAGUGGGUCUGACACUGUGGUUACAGCCACUUGCCUGCAGCAGGAGAAUGAGGCACUGCGGCACGAGGGCUCAGCCGACAACAUCCACAUCAUCCGGGAGGCAGGUGGAACAGUGCUAUUUGAUAUUGACUGUACGAAGCUGGGAGAAUGCAUGCCUCUCAAAGGCCUUCUGUUUCACCUGGUCAUAUUUAACUUUCCUCACUGUGGCAAAAAGAGUGGAGUUAAAAAGAAUAGAGAACUUCUGAAAAACUUUUUCCUCAGUUGUGUUCAGGUGUUGUCUGAAGAUGGGGAGAUUCAUGUCUCCUUGUGUAAUGGGCAGGGAGGUACUCCGGCUGACCAGCCCAAGCGCGAGUGGCACAACAGUUGGCAAGUAGCAGCCAUGGCCGCAGAAGCUCACCUCAUUCUCAGUGAUGUCCGGCCAUUUGAAACUGAGAAAUAUCAGAGCUACAAGUGCACUGGAUACAGGAGUCAAGAUAAGGGCUUCCAUGUAGAAAAGGCUCUGCUACAUGUGUUCACCCGCAGCCUGCCAUACAUUCCUCCUCAGAGGCUGACAGUGGAGGAGACUGUUGAGGAGGAGAAGGUCCAAUACCAAAUACCAGCAGAGCUCAGUGAUUACAUGUUCAGAGAGUUCCUCAAAUCAGGCUCAGUUCACCCUGUUAAGCUUGUGCAAGACUUCGUUCUCGAGGGACUGGCAGAGAGUUGGUGUGUCUCCAUGAUAAAUGAGACCAUCCCUUUUUUUCUCAGUGGGAAGCAUGUGCAGAAAUGCCAUAAAAUAGACAGGACACAGUGCUACUUGAUCCAGUUGCUUCAAAGGGACAACGAUUCUGAAAGUCAUUCCUCGGGUGACAAAAACAAGUGCACAAUUUUGCGAUCCAACAGUUGGACAAAAAAAAAUGAUGAAGAUAGCCUGUCUUCUGCUGUCAGUUCAGAAAAGGUGGACAAACCCAGGAAUAAGGGAACAGAGGUGCUGAAACCUGUGCGAUCGCUUGAUGUUGAUCCUGAAAUAGAAGCUGAAUAUUAUGUUCUGCGGCCAUCACUGAUGCCUGCACUGGAAGAUUGGAUUGCUAAACAUAAAGCUUUAACUGCAGAUUGUGAUGAAGAGGCAAAAAGUGAAAGUUCAGAAACUUUGGUUGCUCAUUCUGUUAUUAAUGGCAAGAUGUGUUCACUGUGGGGCAUUAGUGAUUUGGUGUUUAGGAACGUGCCUAUAAACACUUGGGCCCUCCCUGUGUUUCAUGAACUCCUCCUUAAGGCUGUUUUCCCAUCAGAGCCUGAUCCACUCAAAAUGUUUUGUGAACAUCUUGAAAAGUUGCUUGGUCCAUAUGGAGUCUCGGUGUCGACAGAACAAGGUGACUUCUGUAUAAUGGCUCAACCAAUGGGUUUAGUUGGUAAAAUUUUUCCAGUUAAAGAGGGCGAAUGCCACAGUUUUAUUAAUUUAUGCAUUAGCUUAAAUCUGGAUUUACUUGCUGUGCUCCUAUUUGCACUUCCAGACUGGAGACUUUUGUGGUCACAUGAUCCACGUUUUUAUAAGCAGUUCUUUGUACAGCCUUCACCAGGAGCGCCUUUCUGUCCUUUCUCUUUGUUCCCAGAGCACUUCAGGUUUGAUAUUAGCUUCUGGACAGGGCCCUGUUGGGAUGAAAGGAAGUUUUACUCUGUGGUCAGAGAGGCAAGCUGUGGUACUGUUCAACAAGUCAAACUUAUUGAUACAUUUUCACACCCAGACCUCAGCCAGACCAGUUACUGCUACAGAUUGGUCUAUCAUUCACACACACAUGCACUUUCACAUACACAGGCCCUCCUUUUUCACAAACAACUGGAAACUAUGCUCUCAACAUGGCUACAAGUUACUGUUAGGUAGAGUUGUUAUAUCUAGUUAGACAAAAUGUCAAUACCCAUAAAUAUUUAACUAAUAGAAAAUACAUCUAUAUUAAUGGUGUAACCAAAUUUGUUUUCUUGCCGUCCAUUACAAUUGAAUCAUCCGGCAUGAUGGGGUUUCUAAACUUUCCUUCUGAGAGCUACUUGUAUGAAACAAUAGGUUACUUCUGUUAGCGGCAGUAAGUGACUGUAGCUUUUAUUUUUGAUUAAAUGAUUGAAAAUGGGUUAAACUUAAGAAAGGAAUGUAAAUUAUUUGAUCUAAUAAUGGUAUGGGCAUUUGAUGAAGUAAAGCUCAAAAAUUUAGCCUUUCCUCUGUAGAGUUUUAAACCCUUUGUCUUGGAAACUUGAAAUGGAACAGUAGCUCUCAGGUGCAAGUUUUGGACCCUGAUUUGUUGAAGUUUUAUGCAUUCCAUUGUAAUACACACGGUUUAACUUUGCAAUAAAACAGCUUUUAAUUCUCUCGCC